AUGGGGCAACAAUUUGCACUGGGAAUUGCUGAGUUUUCUUUAUCUGGAGGAGCAUUUCCUCUUUUUGAAGAAAUUGGAUUAAAGAAAUAUAUAGCUGCAACUUCAACAAUUCCUUUUCCUAUUUAUUUGCAUUUUUUUGGGCAGGAACUCUAUUAUUUAAACCCUGGUAUGUAUUUUCUAAAGAAAAGAUGUGAAGUAAUUUUGAAAUUAGAGACAAUUUACAUGAUUAUUAGAGUUUCUUUGGAUAGAUUAAGCACACAAAGAUGUUAA